AUGCACGAGACGCACGUGCUGUUCCUGCUCCUGAGACCUGAGCGUGGCGGGCAUUGAGCCACAAUCGUCUAUUUGCCGGCACCUGGUUAAGAUGUCUUUGAUCUGCACCCUCCUAGCUGCGAUCGUGGUGGGCAAGGCCCUUGCCGCAUUACCCAAAGGCUAUGUUUUGAAAGUAAGUUCCAACUGUGGCAAAAGCGAAAGUGACUUAGCCAUCGUCACAAUCGUGGCCGACCUUGACUUCAAGGGCACGGCAGUAUGUGCCGGCAAUAUCGCAGUGCCCUUCGAACGCAUCGACAAGGCCACAGCACGACUUGCAGUGAAAUACAACAGCGGGGGUUCCAGCAAAUGCCAGUUCACUAAACGCGACAAAGUUCGCGUGUACGUGCUACACGUGAAAGUGGCGUAUGGCGAUAACGGCAAUCUUGUGUACAAAGCGGAGGAGGAACGAACAAUUACCUGCACUUUCGACCCCACGAACAAGAACGAGACUCGAGGCAGUCUCAUCACAGCUGGGUUGAUUGCGCCAGGGGCACUGUCUAACUACCAGGGUCCAGCGGUUACCUCCAACCUCAAACUGCAGCUGACCGAUGUCCUUGGCAAGGACAUGGUAGGGCGGAAGGUAUGGCGGAGCAGGAAGGUGCAGCUCAAGGGCACGACCAGUGGUUCCAGUGGAGAGAAGGGAGUGAAGCCUGUCGAUUGUGACGCGAUUGGCCACUCCUCGGGAAAGCGGUACGCUGUCAUCCGAGCAGGGUGCGGGGACGGUAUUGUCUUUCCCAAGGACAGGGGUUUCAUCACUGAAGGCCUGGUCACCAAAAGCCCUUUCUUCGAGUCUUUUGGCAUUGAGAACGAUACAGCUUUGAAUUUUCAAUGCAACUUUACUUUAUGCACGAAAAAAUGUGAUGGGGACUCUUGCACAAAUCAGAGAAGACGUCGAUCUAAUCCUUUCCAAGAUUUAGAAGAGCCAAUUCACGGCGACAUGCAUGUGAAAUCGGAAGUUCAUCACCUCGCCGACAUAGAACCUCGACACCACAUGUCCAGGACUGACGCCAUACAGGUCAUGGUAGUAGAUCGUCGUGUCCAAGAUAGCGCCCUCUACUGGUCAGCGAUACUUGGAUUGGGGCUCCUCGUCGGGACGUCAUUUGCAAUAUCUAUUGCAUCAUGUAUCGGCCCCCUCCGUAUCAGAACAGUUCACAAUGGCAAAGUGUAGCAACACCUGAACUAAACCCUGACAAACUCA